UCAAUUUUAGCAAAAAUGAAGCAGUGCCUCAAAAUUGUGUCCAGCCGUGUUAUUUUAGUUCCUUAUGAGGAAAGGCAUGUCCCAAAGUACCAUGAGUGGAUGAAGAAUCCAGAACUUCAGGAAGCAACAAGCAGUUCCCCUCUUUCUCUGGACGAAGAGUAUCAAAUGCAAAAGUCCUGGAGGGAUGAUUCAGACAAGUAUACCUUCAUUGUUCUGGACAAAGAAAUAUUCCGGGAGUGUGAAGAUGAAGUCCAAUCAAUGGUUGGAGAUGUUAAUCUAUUUCUCCUACCAGAUGUUGAGGACACAUGCAUAAAGACAGGCGAAGUAACAAUUAUGAUUGCCGAAGAGACAGCUCGUCGGAAAGGCUUAGGCCGGGAGACGUUGCUCUUAAUGAUGAACUACAGUAUCCAGAAUCUCAAAAUUCAACGAUUUGUCGCCCUGAUUGGGGAGAAGAAUGAUGCAAGUGUGAAAUUAUUUGAAAAACUACAUUUUCGCUUUAUAGAGAAAACGUACUUUGGGGAGAAAAAGUACGAGAGAGUUGUUGAUGAAAGUGAAUGGGAGCAGUUUGCAGCAUCCAGUAGACUAGUUUAUGAAGAAAGUUUCUAUGAAAGGCAGGCAGGUGAUGAUAAAAGGUAGUCCGAGUUUGUAUUUCAAUGGGCUUGUAAAUGAAGAAACGAAAGUGAAUUGAUUUUGCCGGUUUUUGGAUUUUUAAUGCAACGUCGUCAUACAUGCGCUUUAAUUACAGAGGUAUUCAUAAUAGUAGUUGCAAAAAGAAUUCAAAAUAAAUUAGCAAAAAUUAAAGUCGGGGAAGUCAUCUGAAUUGAUGGAACCCGUAAUAAAAAAAAAAAUAAAGUCUUUAAAAAAAAUGGAGAACUUGUAAAGAUCAAAGUUUGAAUAAAAAUAAUGUAAAGGAUAACAUGAUAGGCAUGGAUGUUGUGCUUCCUUCUCGCUACCUAUAGAGCCUACGCCUAAUUACAGUACACUAGAGGUGGCCGAGAGGGUUUAAGCACGACUCUUGGUCAUACCUCCCCGGAGUAGAGGGUUCGAAUCCCCCUGCGGUUUUUUCGCCGUUCAUGGCCCGUGCUUCCUAUCCUCUCUUUCCUUUCCAUUCCACAGUUCAUCCUUUCCUGCUCUAACGCACGUUUGUGUCGCUUCGAGGCGGAGCCUAAACUGCAGCGCACCUAUCUGGCAGAAGAUGAAACUACGCUCACCGAGUGCCCAGAACUGUCUCCCGGUGACUGAAGACGAUCGACUGCCGGCGGCCUGCGCCUAAAGUUACGGAAGCUAACUUGGACCGACCGACCUCUGCCGCCGACAGGAUACUAAUAUCCCCCCGCAGCCAACACAGUCUCUACUAGACUCCGGCGCGGUGUACCGUUCCAGGAAGAUCUGCGCGCCGAUUACAAAUAAUAUCGCAAAUUGAAUUCGUAGAGAAAAGUUGUAUAAAAAAGUGUGUAGUUCUGAAUGGAAUGUGAAUAAACAAUUAUUAUUAUUAUAUAUUAUUAUUA